GCGGGAGGAGGAGGAGGAUGAGAGCGGCACAGAGGAGCACGGGGAGCGAAGAAGAGGGUGAAAACUGACCGUUAAGUUAAAACAAUUAAUUGGAAACGAUGUUUUAAAAACGGAACGUUCCUUCGGCGGCAUUUGACGCAAUGGACGCGGUAACAGGAGCGGAGAACCGCGAUACUUAACCGUCAGUGACGUCACAACAGUUGAUGCCGACUUCUCGCCUCGGGCUGUUUUUUUUUUCUCCUGGAUUCUUCUGGAUUCUGGAGUUCAUGGAUGUGUUUCAACUUCACUGUGAUUAAAUAAAUAAACAAACCAACAAACAACAUGUAUGCUGGACGCAAAAGAAGAAAACCAGCACAGAGGGGAGUCAAACCGACCUCUCCUGAAGGAGCCAAGUCCAAUCCAUCCAAACGCCACCGUGACCGCCUGAACUCCGAGCUGGACCGGCUCGCCAGUCUGCUGCCUUUCCCCGAAGACGUCAUCUCCAGCCUGGACAAACUGUCCAUCCUGAGGCUCAGCGUCAGCUUCCUGCGCACCAAGAGCUUCUUCUCAGUUGCAUUGAAGAAACAACUGUCCAACAGUCUGACAAAGAGCAGCGAACACAGUGACCAUGGCGGCAAGAUGGUGGUUGCUACAGACCAGCGCAUACCUGAGGGGGAGUUGCUGAUGCAGGCCUUGAACGGCUUUGUCCUGGUGGUGACAGCUGAGGGAAUUGUCUUCUUCUGCUCCCACACCAUCCUGGAUUACCUUGGCUUCCAUCAGACUGAUGUGAUGCAUCAGAGUGUGUUUGAGCUGAUCCACACUGAAGAUCAGCAGGAGUUCAGGAGGAACCUGCACUGGGCCCUCAACCCUCCUGCUGGCCAAGGAACCCCCACAGAUUCCCCGACUGAUGGUGAAUCAGCGUCUUCUUGCCUGGUGAGCUACAACCCCGACCAGCUUCCACCUGAGAACUCCUCUUUUCUGGAGAGAGGCUUUGUCUGCCGCUUCCGCUGUUUGUUGGACAACUCCUCUGGCUUCAUGGCAUUGAAUAUCCAAGGUCGGCUGAAGUUCCUCCACGGUCAGAGUCGUCAGCAUCGCGACAGCGAGGCAAGUGCGCCUCCUCAGCUCGCCCUCUUUGCCAUCGCCACACCCAUCCAGCCUCCAGCCAUCUUGGAAAUCAGAACGAGGAACAUGAUCUUCAGGACCAAACACAAGCUCGAUUUCACACCCAUGGCCUGUGACGCAAAGGGCAAAAUUGUCCUGGGCUACACUGAGGCGGAGUUGAGGGUUCGAGGCUCGGGUUACCAGUUCAUCCACGCGGCUGACAUGUUGUACUGCGCCGAAAACCACGUUAGAAUGAUGAAGACGGGCGAGAGCGGCCUCACUGUCUUCAGGCUGCUCACCAAGGACAACCGGUGGAAGUGGGUCCAGGCCAACGCCCGGCUUGUCUACAAGAACAGCAAACCGGACUACAUCAUUGCCACCCAGAGACCUCUGGCCGACGAGGAAGGAGGGGAACAGCUGAGGCAGAGGUCCAUGCACCUUCCUUUUACCUUUGCCACUGGCGAAGCGAUGCUCUACCACACCAGUUAUCCACUGCACGGCUUCCCUGAUUCCUUCCAAGGCAAAGCCAAAGGCAGCAAGCCCAAAAAGGGCAAAAUGGACAAGAGCUCUGCAGAUGACCUGGACCCAAAGUCCCUGCUGGGAGCCCUGAUGAGCCAGGAUGAGUCUGUGUACGUCUGCCAACCAAACAUGGAGCCUGAAAUGUCCCACCACAGCAGCCUUAUUAGUGAACAGCAAAGCAAGACUGAGGGCUUUAGUGGUUUAUUAGGUGGCGACAGCUGGCAUAUUGUAUCUAACGGGGAGACGGGGACAUGUAAUGGUAAAACGUCCAGUUAUGAUCCCCUGCUGGCCACUUUGGACUCCUUGUCUCUUGACAGUGAUGAGACGUGCUCCAACAGUGAGCUCUUCAACGCUCUGGAGAAUCUGGGCCUGAAUGCUGAAGACUUGGAGCUCUUGCUGCUGGAUGAGAGGAUGAUCCAGGUGGAGCUGGACCCCAACCACAUCCCCACCCUCAGUGACCUUCUCACCAACAAUGAAAUCCUCUCCUACAUUCAUGAAUCCCUGGAGAGCGGCACUGAAGGAGAGGAACGCGGUGAGACAAGCGGAUUUGGACUUUCAAGCCAUCCACCAAACCCCGACUCGAAUCCCAACGUCUCCCAGAAUUCACUUGCUGCCCCUUCAGCUGUGUCUAUUUGCAGACAGCCCAUUGUCCAGCUGUCACAGCAGAUGCAGCAGCACAUUAGCGCCAGUGAGCAGGUGGAAGCUCAGCUGGAGCCGAUCCAGUCUGUCGCUCAGCCUGGAGCUGCGGACACCAACACUUUACCUGGGAUCCCUAAUGGACACUGGUUAAUCACAUCAGAAAGCCUCCGUCACACUAACAACCACAACCACCAACAUACUGCACUCAAAGCCUCACAGCUAAACAGUGAACACAAACAGUGGCAGCUCCAACAGGAGCAGCACUCUGUCCAACUCCAGUGCCAUCUGCAGGAAAACAGUCAGACUCCGUCUCUGGUGCCUGGUUUCCAGAAUCAGCUCGAACUGACAACAAGCAGAUCUUGCAUCCCAAAUGGACACUCAGCCUUUCCACCAAACAUGGAGGUCAGUCACACAGGUUAUAGCAUCUCCAACACCACGUCGUAUGCAGGCGGCACGGUACAGAACGGUGACGCCUGUCACUACCAGCUGCAGAGUCACCACAGACAUCAGCAGAUGUUGCAGGAGACUCACUUCCCUCUGUCGUGUUUGCCUCAGUGUCCAGGCCAGAGUUCUACACUUGAUUUGGAGCAGUUCUUGGGUCUUUCCCAGCUGCAGCACAGUCUGCCAUCUUUACAGGCCUACAGCGUGUUCAGCACCAGUGCAGAGGAUGCCACGCACAGCAAGCUUGAGAAUGGCUCCCACCUCAGUGCCACCAACGCAGCAUCAACUUACAUCAAGGCGUGUCUGAUGCCCAGCGGAAACGCCGCGGCGACGGACGACAUCCCUGUCUCGUGUCCCGAAGGACUCGCCGCUCGACAGGACCCGCAGAAAUCAGAAUUCUUCCUCUGAAAAGACGAUGGACCCUGUCAUUCCUCACCUGCCCAACAGAUGUCAGUGUAGCACCCCCUCUCCAUCCAUCCAUCCCUCCAUCCACCUGACUUGCUCACCUGUUUUCCAUCUCCCGAACACGACCCUGCAGUCACAGUGCACAGAAUGACGAGCCAACAAAACCUGCUUCCUGAGCGCCGACGGUCACAGCAGCAAAGAUAGGUAAGAAAUGAUCCUUAAAGGAAGGACGUGAAAGUCACUGUUGGUCAGUGUUAUGUGUCAGAGGACAUCUAUUCACACACUGAUGAUGGCAGCUUGUUGUUUUUGUGGGUCAAAAAAAAAAAAUCACACGUCAACUCUGCAGGAAGGCGGCCAUUUUUAUCACAAUUUACUUCCACGUCACAGCAGCUGUAUCUUCACUGUCCAGCACAG